UGACUACCGCCAUCAUGCGAGCCACAAUCGCCAGACGUGCCGGGUUCCCGAGCUUCCCAGGUCUUUACCGCAAGAACAACGUGCCGGCGUGGCAGAGACUUCACCAGACUCACGAUGGUGUGCGGCAGUGGAAUAAGGGCCCGAAUGCCAAGUACAUGCUCUACCCAUACUAUACCUCUCUCAUCCUCGGCACUGCUGCAUCCCAAUACAUGAUGUUCCGCAUGGUUUUUGGCAAGAAGACUUGGAUCUAAAUCAGCAAGCUCGGACGGAGGCAAGUGGAUCAGCAGAAGCGUAGAGAGAGCUGCUACCUGCAUGUAUUAAGAUUAGUCGAACGGAGAGCUGAACUGUCCUCUGUCACGAAGCAUUACAGCCAAAUAGUUACGCCUAUUCUGAGCUCACUCAGCGUUACCACAAGUUGUCGCCUGCGAUACCGCACGGAAGCACUGGGUGCC